UAAAUUGCAACGACAUUCCCUUCCUCUCCGUCCUCUCUCCUACAGUCCCUCCCUCUCACUCGGGCCCAGGCCGCGGAGUUGAGACCGCGGCAGCGCCACCGACUGGGGGAGUCCGCCCGCCAGCUGCUCACAGGUUCACAUGGGCUGCUCAGAAGUCCUGCUGCACUGUACAAUGCAUUGCCACAGAGCUCUUUUCGAACGAGGGUUGCCCCGCUGCUCAUCUAUGUACAGACAAUUACAACCGUACGUGCAAACCUAUCACUCUUUGCCACCCGUACCCUACAAGUGCUACUAUCACCAGCUGCAAGUAUGGAGGAGGCCAUUUCACGUGGCUGCCACUUGCAGAAACCGUGAGGUGGAGUUCACAAGUAUGCAGUACGCUGUCCAGCGUUUAGCCUUUGCAUCUAUCACGAAAGAAGACUUGAAGUUCUUUGAACAUCUGCUGCCAGGCCGUGUGGUAACCGAUCCUGAUGUGUUGGAAGCCAGCAACGUAGACUGGAUGCGGACGUUACGAGGCCGUAGCCAGACAUUACUGCGGCCUCAGACAACAGAAGAGAUCUCCCAGAUCCUCAGGUAUUGUUAUAAUCGGAACCUAGCUGUGAACCCUCAAGGUGGCAACACGGGAUUAGUGGGGGGCAGUGUGCCAGUGUUUGAUGAGAUCAUUGUCUCAACAGCUCAAAUGAAUAACAUCAUCAGUUUCAACAAGAACACAGGAGCACUUAUAUGCCAAGCAGGCUGCAUUUUGGAAAAUUUGAACAAUUACCUUGCUGAACAAGAUUUUAUUAUGCCCCUUGACUUGGGAUCUAAAGGUAGCUGUCACAUUGGUGGGAAUGUGGCUACCAAUGCUGGUGGAUUAAGACUGUUGAGGUAUGGAUCUCUGCGAGGAACAGUGCUUGGACUGGAAGUGGUACUCGCAGAUGGAACUGUCUUGAACUGUCUAACAUCACUUCGCAAAGACAACACAGGCUAUGAUCUCAAACAGCUUUUUAUUGGAUCUGAAGGCACACUUGGGAUAAUCACAGCUGUGUCCAUUCUGUGUCCAAGGAAGCCAGCCUCUGUCAAUGUAGUGUUUUUAGGUUGUGAUGGUUUUGACAAACUCUUGGACAUAUUCAAGGAAUCCAAAGGCAUGUUGGGUGAAAUUCUCUCUGCGUUUGAGUUCAUGGACUAUGGGUGCAGAGAGGUUGUCUCUGAACAUCUGAAACUAACAAACCCGUUACGAGAGGCACCGUUCUACGUUUUGAUAGAAACAUCGGGGUCCAACAGUGACCAUGAUCAGGAGAAGCUUAGUUGUUUCGUGGAGAAGGUCAUGAGCUCUGGUCUGGUGACUGAUGGAACAAUAGCAACUGAGGAAAAUAAGAUAAAGGCACUCUGGGCUCUGCGAGAAUGCGUCGCCGAGGCACUGGUCCACGAUGGCUAUACAUAUAAAUACGACAUCUCGUUACCGCUGGAGAAAAUCUAUGAUAUCGUCAUUGACAUGAGGAGAAGGCUGGGGAAGAGGGCGAAGCGUGUUGUUGGCUAUGGGCACCUGGGUGAUGGAAAUUUGCACCUAAAUGUUGUAUCUCAAGCACAAGAUCAGCAGCUGUUGAACAAUAUUGAGCCCUACUUGUAUGAAUGGACUGCUAAGUAUUGUGGAAGCAUCAGUGCUGAGCAUGGCCUGGGCUUUAAGAAAAAAGACUUAAUUUAUUUCAGUAAGCCCAGGGUGGCGGUCCAGAUAAUGCAGCAGAUGAAAGCGAUUCUGGAUCCAAAGGGAAUUUUAAAUCCCUAUAAAACUCUGCCGUCCUCCACUCAAUGAAAUUUCACAAGGUAUCUUGCCUGUAAAUGCUAUUGUGUUUAUUUUUAUUAUUUUAAACUCAUCGAGAUGGUAAAAAUCAGUGCCCUUUUCAAUAUGAGAGUGUGUCUAGCACAGUUAGAGACAGAAUAAAGCUCCCUCAGCUCACACAAGCUGCAGCAGUAAGCUCACAUAGACAUCCUCUGUUUUACUAAUGUGGCAUUUGCAAUUUAAGCAAAAGUAGAACCUGGUUCCCAAAUGCCUUUCACAACCGUACAAUGUCCCAAGCAUUUCACAACCUUGUCUAAAAUGCAGGAAAUGUGGCUGUCAAUUCCCACUUAGCAAGACACUAUAAGGACAAAUAUCAAUAAUUUGCUUUGUAUUUUGGAGACAGAUAAAUGUUGGCCAUGGUAAUGGGUAAAAAAAAAAUCACUUUUUAAAAACAGUGCAUUCUUUUUUUUGGAGAAAGCUCAUUAGUUUUGGUUCAAUGCAACAUACAUCAGUGCAACACUCCACACAUGGUGCAAUGAGGCAUUAGUCCAGUUUACAGGCUUGGGGUUAGACUUGGCCUCAUGAUUUCUCAACUCAUUGCUCUCCACUGUGCCCUGCACAUUUUUUUUUCAAAUCUCAUGGCUUCUAAGAUGAGACAAUCAGGAAUUGCUAAACUGUAGUGUGCCAGUGUGGUACUUGGAAACUACUCGGGUUCAUUUACAAUUCUCACCGAAGGUGAAUGAUAUCCUAUCAGUCUAAAUAAGAUUUGAAAUAGAAGACCCAGGUCUUCAGAGAAUUGGGGAAUAGCAUAACAGCAAUUUGGGACAGUACAUUUAGAGCAAGGCCAUUAUAUUCUGAUGGGAUUAUUAAAGAUAAAAAUAUAAUUAUCCAAUGAGUGAAGAAGAAAGUGAAUUAGAUUAAAAAAAUAAUUUCUGUGGCUUCUGUUUGCUGUGGUGGUGUGAAUCAGCAGGAAAACAAAAGCUGCAUACGUGUGACAGAAGUGCAGCUGAAAUAUUAAUAUUUAUCACACUCCAGUCUUUUAAUGACCUAUGAAUAACAAAUAAAACAGAGGGAUGGAGUCUGGAACAUGCUGCUUGUUUAGGGUGGGUGAUUGUAGCAGAGAACCUCAUAAUAUGCAAGGUAUUUAGAUGACCAAAUGCAGGUAUGUGGGUUUAGUGUCGGUGGGAACUAGAUGGUUAGCAUGCAUAUGGUGGGCUGAAGGGCCUGUUUCUGUGCUGUGUGACUUCAAAUGCCCUCAGGAUAUAAAAAAGCAAUGCAAGUAGUAGGUCUACUUGAGGAGUAAGUCAAAUAUAUAUGGUGUCUUUAUUUUUAUAGUAAUACAGAAACAGAAGUUGAACUGAUCAUGCAUAAUUUUAAUCAUAUUCCAUGAGUUUAA